AUGCUGCCUCAACGUGCGGUCGGAAAUUUAGUUGAGCAAUGGUGAACCAGAGUGAUUGGUAAAUCUACCGCCACAAGACGCCAGGAGAGAAUACGCUUAGAAGGGAGCAUGAAAUCCGCGUCAAAAACCUGAUCCAAAAAAGAUUAGGUCGGUGAUGUUGGAAUGAACUGAGGGGAAAAAGGUACAAUUCUAUUAUUAGAGUUCAGCUAAGUAACGGUGAAUUGUCACGGUGGCCACGAAUUUGGAACUUGCGAUGAAUCCGUGAAGGCAACGACCCCCGUCCAACAUGGCGGCCCAGCGAAGGAAUUUAAUGCAGAGUCAUCAGAGCUGGACAGAUGACCUGCCGCUGUGCCAGAUGUGUGGGGUUGGCACGGCCCCCAACUGCGUGUACAGUCCUGACGGUAAAGGAACUCAGAGCCAUCCCAACGAGGAUGGACACUUCAGGUUCCGAGGCGAGGAUGGCUGUUUCCUGUAUGGGGUUUUUAACGGUUAUGAUGGCAGCAGAGUGGCCAGUUUUGUCUCCCAGUGUCUGACAGCUGAACUGCUACUAGGACAGCUCAACUCCAAUCACACAGACAGCGACGUCCGCAGGAUCCUCACUCAGGCGUUCGAUGUGGUGGAGAAGAGCUAUUUUGAGACAAUAGAUGAUGCUCUGGCUGAGAAGGCUCACCUGUCCAACUUCGUCCUGCCACUCAAUGAGAAUGUUUCAUUCCAUCAGCUUUCUCCUCAGAGUCAGAAGAUGCAGGAGCGUCUUAAGGAGCUGGAGCAGGAGGUGUCAGGAGGGGCUACAGCCGUGGUGGCACUGAUCCUCAACAACAAGCUCUACAUCGCCAAUGUUGGUACCAACAGGGCACUGCUAUGUAAAUCCAGCAGCGAUGGCCAGAACCAGGUUCUCCAGAUAGGCCGUCCACACAGUACCGACAACGAGGACGAGCUACAGAGACUGGCUGCUCUGGGUGUGGAUAUAGCUCGUGUGAGGCAGGCAGGGCAGAUAGCGGGACAGAGUAGCACCCGGAGGCUUGGAGACUACAGGGUCAAAUUCAACUACAAUGAAAUUGACCUGCUCAGUGCGGCCAAGACAAGGCCAAUCAUCGCAGAGCCAGAGAUUCAUGGCAGCCAGUCUUUGGACAGCGUGACGGGCUUCUUGUUGCUCAUGUCAGAAGGUAUAAUCAAUGCCCUUGAGUCCGCCCACGGCCCCGAUCAGGCCAAUCAGGAAAUCGUUGCCAUGGUAGCAGCAGAGCUGGCCCUGCAGACCAGUCUGGAGGCAGUGGCUCAGUCAGUGGUGGAGCGCGUCAAACGGCUGCACCACGAUGUCUACGUGUCUGGCCGUCAGAGAGCGACCUACUGUUCUCGGCACGAGGACAUGACCCUGCUCAUCCGCACGCUCAACUACCCGCUGGCUGAUGGAGUGCUCACGCCCACACAGGGUGGCCGUAUCUACCCUGUGUCUGUGCCCUACUCCAACAGUCAGAGCACCAGUAAAACGAGUGUCACCCUCUCACUGGUCAUGCCCUCCCAAAGUACCCUCACCAAUGGAACCAACACUGCCUCCACUUUAGAGGAAGGCACCCCCACACCAGGCAGUCAGAGCCCAACAGCCACCCUCCAGUCCACCAACACCCAGACACAGAGCUCCAGCUCCAGCUCGGGAGAUGGGAGUCUGUUCCGCCAGAGAGGCAGUCAGGCAGCGCAGCCUGACGAGACGGGCAGAGUUCCGCCGUACGUGGACUUCAGUAUAUUUUACCGCCUGUGGGGAAGUGACCACAGUGAUGGCCAGAGCACCCAGGGAGGACUUGGACCCCAGUGAUGAGGAUGAGGACGAGGAGGAUGCUGGGCGCCAGUUGGAAAGAGGCAGACUGGGAUUUCUGGCAGCAAGGAGGCACAUGGAUUGUGAAGGGAGCGCGAAUUUAAGAGGUGGUUGGGGUAACCGAUGAAAUGCUAUUAAUGUAUCAUAACUCAAAAAUAAGUGACCCAAAGGUGCAUGGGGACGCAUGGAGGAAGGACAGGGGUUUUCAAGGUCUUGUUAUCAAAGAACUGUGAAGCCAGUGUGGGAAGGAAUGAUCCCUAAAAGAGGGAGAAAAUGGUGUCACUGCGCACCAUAAAACAAUCUUUGCUCUUCCCUAAUAGAUGCUGGUCAUGAGCGAUUGUGGAUAUAUGUAAUCGAGAUUGUAGCUGUUUUUUUUUUUUUUUUUUUUCUUCAAAUGUAAAAACAUAUAUCAGCAAAACAGGAAUCUCAUAGACCUGGGAAUUUGUGGAGCUGAGAAUGACUUCACACUGUAAGGCCUUAAAAUUGAAUGAAUGGAUGUGUUUGAAAGUACUUUUUUAUUUGUAAUGAAAUAUAUCACCUAAAUGAAUCAGUAGACUCUCUGGGCGUCUCUUCAUAUCAACACUCAAAACACUUAUUUGACAUAUUUGACCAUGUCACGUGGAUGGUAUGACAUCACCUGCGGUGACAGGUGGUAACAUAAGAUGGAUUUUGAUAAUACACUCCCAUUCUAAUUUCAUUUUAAAUGACACAGGUAUUUGGGCCUGUGGAGGGGCAGCAAAGCACCUUGCCAGUAAUUCAUCUGAACAAGAGGCACUCCUCUGUACAGCUCCACUUUCAGGCAAACGAUAAUGGUUAAAACUGGAAGCACAUUCAAUUUUAUUCAGAAGAUGAUGAAGUGCAAAGAAUGAGCCUCAAGCUACCCUUAUCUGCCAAAACAUUAAAACUGGUAACUGGUUUUAAUGUUGUGGCUGAUCGGUCUAAUCCUUUUUUCUUAAAAAAAAAAUGAACUAACCCUUACACUAAAAGUCUUGUAAAAACUGUAUCUUCCAAGAAUGAAGGCAAGAAUAAUCGUGCUGUCCGCGUAUUUUUGAAAAUAUACAAUUUCAGUGUUUCGGUAAGCUCUAAAUUCCAAUGCUAAAAAACAACAGAAUAGUUCAGUUUCAUGAGAUGGCAUGAGGAGUCUGAUCCUAACAACCAAGACGCUGAGUCUGGGGGUUUUCAGGUGUCAACAGUGAGCAAUUUUAGUGGCGAGCUAAAAUGUACAACGGCUACAAUUUUAAUUCCUUGAGUAUGAGGCACGGCCUGUUCUUUAAACAUGACAAGGAAGAGGAUGGGAAAAGGACUUCCCUGACACCUCGGGCAGUAUGGUAUUGAUAGAUGGGGAGAAUGGAGACUUGAGCACCUGCCGAUUGUGUUCGUAACGCAGUCGGGUAAAAAUA